GUUCAGGACGUCGCUCACAGAAUCAAGAUGGCAUCUGAAAGUGGUGCAGGUAUCGUGUCAAACGAACGAUGUGAUGUAAAUAAUACGAUUCAGCAAGUAUUUGACCCAUUACAAGCAGAAACAAACAGUGUAAAAGUGUCGAGAACAACGUGGAAUAGUGUUAUCAAAGAGACAAACGAAUUUUCGGACGAUUUAGCUCUACAUUCAAUUAGGACGCCCACGAUUUUCUCUACAGCGUCAUCGUUUAAUACAAACACGGAAGGGAACGAAUUACGAAGAAACGUGAAUUUCAUGAGCUCUUCUGGUGAUGUGGAGGAACGUAUUAGUUUUAAAAUUCCCAUUAAUACUGAAUUACGUACGCCUUCCUUGGAAUCACACAGCAUGUCCAAUCAAAGGAAUGAUCUGGAUACUGUUACCUGUAUUUCUGAACAACCAGACGGAAAUUCAGAUCAUUGCAACAAUGAAUUAGUAAAAACUUUAAUUGAACCAGUUCAGCAUGCUAUUCAUGUUGACUUAGCAUGUAGUAAGGAUACAACAGUAUCUGGUGGACUACACACAUUGUCAACAAAACUAGAAGGAUGUGUAAAUUUUGAACAUGGUAAUACACCUCAGUUAGGGGAAAGCCCUCAAAGUAAUGGAGAAGUGAUUAGUAGCCCAAGAAGUCCAGACUAUCCUCCAAGAGUUUCUGAUAGCCCAAACAGUCCAAAUACAACACUUCCUAGUAGUAUGACAUCGCCAAUUAUGACCUCGACUGUUGUAAUGGAUACAGCAAAGUAUGACUCGGAGAACAGAAGUAAUUUAACUGCUAAAGUUUGUAAAAAUCUUUCUUACUCAUUUUGUGGACAAUUGGAGAAAGUUGAAGAAGUUCCUGUUAUGCAAAUAAAAUCGAUCGAAGAAGAAAAAACAGAUAAUGAGAUGGAUACAAUUCACAGAGAUGUAAAAUUAGAGCUUAUUGAAGUAAAAACAGAAUUGACAGAUUCUCAAGAGCAAUUAGGCAUAAUUAAAUCAGAUUGGACUGGUGAUAGCAUAGCUACAACAAUAGUUGGUCGAACAGAUGCUGCAUUGUCUCAUGAUAAAUCAGUAAAUUGUAUUGGCACUACUUCUUCGAGUUCCCAUUCUAAAUCAUACUCAUCUUCAAGAGAGAAACGAAGUAAAGAACAUAGCGAACGACGUUAUUGCUCACGAUGUUAUAAACGUAGUAAAAUAAAACGAGCAAAUAUUGGUGUACAAUGUAAACGAGAUCGUAGUAUAGUUUCAUUAAGCAGUAAGCCAAUGUCUCAUCCAUUUUCAAAAUCUACAAAUGAAAAUCUCAGGUUAAAUUUGCAAACAAAAAAUUACAAAAUGCUUCACAAUACACCAGUUAAAAGUGAGUUAUUGGAGGGCCUAAAGUACAAGAAAUUCAUUCACAUAGAGACUUAUCCUAAUGGUGGUGCAACUGUUGUGCAUAUGUAUCAAGAUGAAAUUGAUACAUUAUCUCAAGAACAACUAGAGGAAUUAGCUCAAGAAUAUUUUAAAGUAGUUUUUGGAGAGGAUGAAAAUGGUAAUGCGUAUCAUGUUAUGGGAAUAGUGCACAAUGCUGCAGCAUAUCUUCCUGAUCUCUUGGAUUACAUGGCAGAUAAUUAUCCUACAUUGACUGUUAAAAAUGGUGUAUUAGGGAGAAGCAGCGAUAUAGAAACUACAACUAUGGUACAGUACAAAGAACAAGUGUGUAAAGCUUAUAGUAAUGGUACUGUUAGAUAUGGACCUCUCCACCAAAUAAGUCUUGUAGGAACUGUUCAUGAAGAAGUUGGCGGAUAUUUCCCAGAUCUUCUACAGAAAUUAGAAGAGAAUACAUUUUUAAAAUUGACUAUGCCUUGGGGUCCAUUAUCUAUUGUAAAGAUGGAUACUCCUGAAGAAUCAAAUGAUGGUCCAAUUUUAUGGAUCAGACCAGGUGAACAAUUAGUUCCAACAGCCGAUAUAAAUAAAAGUCCUUAUAAACGGCGCAGAACGGGCAUUAAUGAGUUACGAAAUCUACAGUAUUUGCCACGCCUUAGUGAAGCUCGUGAAUAUAUGUUUGAAGACCGUACCAAGGCACAUGCUGAUCAUGUUGGUCAUGGAUUAGAUAGGAUGACAACAGCAGCAGUUGGUAUAUUGAAAGCUGUUCAUGGUGGACAACCUUCGGAAUAUAACAGAAUUACGAAAGAUGUUGUAGCUUUCUAUGCUGGUGAUUUUCCUGAACUAGUCGAAAAAUUACAAUUAGAUCUUCAUGAACCACCGAUAUCACAAUGUGUACAAUGGGUUGAAGACGCCAAAUUAAAUCAAUUACGUAGACAGGGUAUUCGUUAUGCUAGAAUAAAUUUGUAUGAUAAUGAUAUUUACUUUUUACCGCGUAAUAUAAUUCAUCAGUUUAGAACGGUUUCCGCAGUUUCAAGUAUAGCAUGGCAUGUUAGAUUAAAACAGUAUUAUCAAGAAUCACAACACAAUUCAAGUGUUAGGCAUGGACGUGUAGGAAAUGAGCACCGAAUAAAGGAGAAGAAGCCACUGGAAACUGUAAAUAUAGGAGAUGAACAAAAAGAAAAUACAAAUCGUCAACGUGUAGAACAAAAACAUUCUGUUGAUUCGCUGGAAGAAAAAAAGGCAAAAGAAAGAGCUGCUGAAUAUCAAGGGAAUUUGAAGAAAUCAGACCAUCAUGGAAAACGUAAAGAAGAUCGUAAGAGCAGAGACCAUACAAGACAUUCUUCCAUUUCAAGUAAGAGGAAAGAUUCUAUAGAAAAUAAUGAUAAUUGUGCCGAUCUUUUUAACAAUAAGCCUGCAAAAACUAGUACAAUAGAACAAAAACAAAACAAUGGAAAGAGAGAUGAUAAAAGAUCUGAAAGGAGACACGAAGAUCGUCGUCGAUCUAAUGAAAAAUCCAGUCAUCAUUCACACAGUAGUGGCAGUAGCAGUAGUAGCAGCAGCAGCAGCAGUAGUCAUUGUGGGGAGAAGAAAAAAUAUGAUUGUAGUAGUCAUAAAUUAGAUCAUAAUCGAAGUCAUCACAGUCGAUCCAGCACUAAUACUACAUCGAGCAAGGAAAGCAUUUCAAAUAUCACAGAACCUAAAUCGGCGAAUAAAUUCAAUAUUUCAGGAUCUUCGUCGAAAGAAGGUAAGAGACGAUUGUGCCCGCCAGAGGUUUCUUUGGAACAUGAAAAUUCUGAUUGUAACACCGUUAUUCUCGAGCCAACUGUGUUAACACAACGACAGUUAAUAGCGACAACUUACGCAACAGAAGUUGUUGAUAAAGCUUUAGAAAUUGCAAUAUAUAAAUCAAAGACUGACGUAGAGGAAGUCUGUCAAUCUUUACGAACAGGUGUUGCAGAAGCUUCCAAGGAAAUUCUGGAAAAAAUUCAUAAGGAAAGUUUUGAAAUCGCUGAACAGAAGUAUAAGGAUGAUAAGACAAAAAUAGAACUAUACUGUCAAUUGUUGGAGAUAGAAACUACAUUGGCAUUCACAUCGAAAAUGGAAUGUGCAACUGAAAAUGCAAUAAAAGCGCUAAUCGAAACGGCUGAAGAUGAAGCAAAGGAAAGAUCAAAAAAUGAAAAAGUUUGUAUAUUAACUAGUGGUAACACGUGUGAAGAAAAUCCAUUACCAACGACGAAAAUAACAAAUUCUUCCUCAAUAAUCUCUACAUCUCCGUUAACAGAAACCGAAAGGCACAAUAAUAGGAACGUUAGCAGCGAUGAAAAUUCAUCUAAAUUAGCACCCGAGGCGCAUGCAGCAUACCCAGAAUCUAGAAGAAAGCAUAGAGAUGAUAAAGGUUCUAGAAAUCAGCGGCAUAAAGACAGAAGAGAUCGAGAUAGGCGUGACAGAGAUCAUAAGAGACAUCAUCAUCGAAGUCCUUCGUGUAACAAAUCGGAGAACAAAACAGCAGAAACUACUAGCAAAGAAGAUUCAUUGAAAAUUAUCUCACUGCCCAAAGAUUGUAACAUUUCUAGUAAAAGUACCGACCGAACGGAUAGUAAAGAUGGCGAUAGGAAAUUGGAAAAAAGGAGGGACGGGCACCACAGUCAUGGAAGGGAUGGACAGAAAAGGUCAUCCAGCAGUCGUUCAUCGAAGGAUGACGCAGCAUCGAGUCGUUCUCAUUCAUCGAGUUCAAAUCACAAAAGAAAGUCGAGUUCGUCCGAAGAACAUAAGGAGCCAAAAAAGACAUGUAUAGAAAAAGACGUUGUGACAACACCGACAACAACAACAACAGAGGAGAGUACUCUCGGCACAACAUUAAGUCUGAUAACAGUGACAACAGUGGCUCAGACAACAACGACAAAUACCGUCGUAUCGACGUGAAAAGGUGAAAAUUAUCUUAAGCUAUAGUACAAUCUGCUUACUAGACAUAACAGUCCGCACGGUCGAGCUCAUAUGCCGAUAAUAUUAUGUGUGUGGAUUCUAACUGAUUUGGGUAUAGUACAUUUAUAUUGUAUGUCCGAAUUUACAGAAAUAUGAGACGCUUACCAAAAUAAGAAGUAUCAUAAAAAUAUAUCAGACGUCAUCAAAGUAGAAAUAAUUGCUGCAUUUUACGCAAAGACCAGUUAGAACUAUUACUAAUUGAAAAUUUGCUACGUCAUCAUUUCCAUGCAAUUCUACACGCCUUAGCCCUAGCAAGAAAAUUGAAACUGUAAAAGUAGUAUUAUCGUCUAAAAGCACUUUCUAAAAUUGAAUGGCAAAAGUUAUUUUACUAUAAAAUCCUUGAGCGUCUCAUAUACUGUUGAGAGUGAAAAGAAGAUUAAAUAAAUAUAUAUAGAAUAGUUGACCAAUACGAUAUAUGUACAAAAGAAAUUUGUACAAAUUUGUGAUCAGAAAUUCGAUCGGCACGUUAGUGCCGUACAUUGUACAUAGAUUAAUACAUUAAAACCGAAGAUUUGUGCAACAAAUCUUAUCUGAACUGUGAACAUAUGUACAUAUAAAUGUAUGUACGUAUGUGCGUGUGAGGGCUACGCGCAUGUUUAUGUGUAUGGGUGUGUGUAUGCGUAUGAUUUUGUGCAUGUUUAUAUGCACAUACUGCAUGUACAGUUGCAUGCGCUUAUAUGCGUGCAUACGUGUAUAUGUGUAUGUGCGGGCGCGUACGUGCGUGUGUAUAUGUAUAUAUGAAUAGUUGGAAAAGAAGAUAGAAAUGUAAAUUAUUUAUAGUUACAUUGAACAUUCUCUACAAGUUGAAGAUAUUGAUUUACUUUAAAAUUUUACUUUCCUUGUUUAAACAAAUAUACUAAAGAGUGAAACUUGAUAACCGGUCUAAGGAAAGGAUUGUUCUAACGUGUAAAUUACUUAAAAUUCAUUUUAAUGGUAAAAAGAGAAACUAUAUCUUAUGUAGUGGUUAUUAAAUGAAAAAAAUAUAACGUUCUACCAAAAGCUGUACAUUAACAAAAUUACACGCGUAUUUUUAUGUCUCUGUCACGAUAAGUCUAAUUAUCGUAAUGUAUUGCCAGCGAAACUAUAUUAAGUGCUAAUUUUUUAUAUUUAAAGAAUUUUUAUUUAUGCGACAAACUCGACGAAGAUGAGCUUGUAUAACACGCUCGAUAUGUAUGUAUAAGUAGUCUUACUGUGUCAUAUACAUACAAAUAAUAUUUACUUUAAUUAAUGAUUAACAAUUGAUACAGCGAACUGUUGCAACAACAAAUCAUAAUAUACUUUCCGCACUCGGUUAAAUGUAUAAAAACAAGAACUUACCUUUCUGGGUAAAGUGCCGGUAAAUGAUCGUGUAGAUUUGUGCAUACAGAACAUUAUUUAACAGUAGAAACUGUUGUAAAAAAUCAAUAUUCGUAUAAGUUAAUAUAUUCUGUUCUACAAAAAUUAUAAUUGGCCUAUUCAACUUUAUUUAUGUCUAAAAUUAAAAAUUAUUUAUAUAGAUAUUAACUUUUGGAAAAUUUCAGUUUACACUUAGUAUUGAUAAAGCAGUAGAAAACAAAAGAACGUUCGUAUGAUUUGUAUAUUCUUCUCGGAUAAAAAAAUCCUUUCAUUAAAAUAAUAAAUUUUCUACAAAAUAGCAUUCUAAUUUAACAAAUUUUACAAUCAUUAUUGAUACAAGUAUAACAUCUGCAUCAUUCAAUGAUCAUGUUUGCGCAUCUUUUUGUUUUAUUUAAUUUUAAAUUUUCUCUAAGUUUCAAAGAAGUAUUCUAUUUAAUCGUUGAAUACUGCAGAAUUUUCGAUCGCUGCUUUCAUUUGCAAACUUUAUUUUCCAGUAAAACAUAAAAAAGAACAAUAUUAUGCAAUAUAUUUUACUAGUGUUUCUUCAAAUAAUUUUAAAUGCAUUGUCUGGUUUUUGGUUGUAAUACUUAUGAAACAAAAUCUAUCGAGUAAAAACUUAAAAUUUCAAAUACAUCAUAUUUUAUAAAAUAUCUAGAGUAGUUUGUGUAUAUGUUAUCUUUAAAAUACUUUACGCUAUAAAGAGUCUGCCGUUUAUGAUAACAAACAUAUUAUUUUGUAAUAUUUCUUUAUAUUCUUUCUCGUUCUUUUAUUUUUCACAUAUCAGUGUCUACAGUACUGAUUACGUUAUUAUUUCAAAGCUCCAUAUUGCGAAUAUUUUCUUUAAUUUUAAGUUAUUUGAUAUCAUCUUACAUGUAUUGCAGUAUGAAUAAUAAUAUUAGUAACAUUUACACAUCGGUUAUUAUUAAGAAUAUCACAUUAAGUUAUAUAUAUAUUUAUUUAUAUGAUAUGCUAAAUUCAUACACAAUAUUAAUGUACUAGUUUGUUUUCAAAAAAUUUCAGAUUUUAAGAUCCUCAGACUCUAACAUUAAAAAUAUUUUUUACAUGCUUGUGUCACGUGGUGAUUUCUUUGUUCUAUUCUUAUUUAAGUUUAAUAUUGAACGAUUUCAAUUGUUUUGCAACGCACCUAUGUCGAGUCACAAUUAUAAUAUAUAACAAUAAAUCUUAAUGUUACAAAACA